AUACCUGCAAUUAAAUGCAUCCGACGUGCAAUUCAGCAUCAUUUAUGAAUGGCCACACCCCCUUUUCCCUUGUCAUCAGAUUAGAGCACGGCACGCCCGCGCGCGCACGAGCAAUUUCCAGUGCCUGUUAUGGAGGGGGUGCGCGUGAACGCGCAGUCGAUUUAAUGUUCCGUCCCGCGGACCAAUGAGAAUCGAAGCUGUAGCAGAGAAAGGCAACGAAUGUGACUCCAGUUACUUUCUCACGGAAUCCCUUUACGCACAAGGUUUUUCCCAAUCCCCUCCUUUUUUUCUUCUUCUUCUUCUUCACUCCCCGUUGCUGUCCCCACCCCAGAUUCCCGUGCACCCCCCACACCCCCAAUACUUAAUUGAGCAAUUGGGAUUCCUCACGUGUGGGCUGAUUUGUAGUUUGAACACGUGGCUCAUUCAAAAAAAAAAAGCCGGAAUAGCAGAGGAUUUUUUUCUUCUCCUCCCUUCUUCGUCUUAUUCUGGGCUGUAGACUUAGAGGCGGGCGCCAGCCUUACCGUGUGUGACAUUCUCUGUCUCUUUGCCAAAAAGGGGGUUUUGGAGGAAGACACAAAGUAGUUUCCCCUCCUUUUUUUUCCUCCCGGCCCGCCGUCGUUUUUUUUUUUUUUUUUUGGAGAUUAAUAAUUGAGCGUUCAUUUAUUGCGCGAUAGAGACCGGCGGCGCGCAAACGCACUCCGCCAGUUGAAAUCUGUGGCUCGAGCGACCGGGAAGCACGCCACAGCCGCUCCGUAGUAGUAACGGCGACUCCACGCACAGCACCACGCUUGCACCUCCACUCCGCGGGAGCAGAUAACUGACUCUCCCUCCACGUAAAGAAGGAAAAAAACCCAAGAUUGUUCAUUCUCUCGGCGUGGAACAUGAAUAAGCUUUACAUUGGCAACGUGAGCGCAGAGGCGAGCGAGGAGGACUUGGAAAGUGUCUUUGAGCAGUGGAAGAUUCCGCACAGUGGUCCGUUCCUGGUCAAAAGUGGCUAUGCGUUUGUGGAUUGCCCCGACGAGAAGGCGGCGAUGAGGGCCAUCGAUGUUCUUUCAGGUAAAGUUGAACUCCACGGGAAACUUCUGGAAGUGGAGCAUUCUGUUCCUAAGCGUCAAAGGAGCUGCAAGCUGCAGAUCAGGAACAUCCCGCCUCACAUGCAGUGGGAGGUUUUGGACGGCAUGUUGGCUCAGUAUGGUGCCGUCGAGAGCUGUGAACAAGUAAACACUGACACAGAGACUGCCGUAGUAAAUGUUCGAUAUGGAGCUAAAGACCACGCCAGAAUGGCGAUGGAGAAGCUGAAUGGAUACAUGAUGGACAACUAUCCCCUGAAGGUGUCUUAUAUACCGGACGAGACGGCGGCUCCAGAAGGUCCUGGAGUUGGAGGCAGGAGAGGCUUUAACGCUCGCGGCCCCCCGCGUUCCGGCUCCCCCGGUUUGGGCGCGCGGCCCAAGGUGCAGUCGGACAUCCCGCUGCGCGUGCUGGUCCCCACGCAGUUCGUCGGGGCGAUCAUUGGAAAGGAGGGCGCCACUAUUCGCAACAUAACCAAACAAACUCAUUCAAAAAUUGAUAUUCAUAGGAAGGAAAAUGCAGGUGCAGCAGAGAAACCCAUCACCAUCCACUCGACUCCUGAAGGCUGCUCCAAAGCGUGUACGACCAUUAUGGAGAUCAUGCAGAAGGAAGCCCUCGACACCAAGUUCACUGAGGAGAUCCCACUGAAGAUUCUUGCACAUAACAACUUCGUAGGGCGAUUGAUAGGGAAAGAGGGGCGUAACCUAAAGAAGAUCGAGCAGGACACGGGGACCAAGAUCACCAUCUCACCACUUCAGGACCUCACGCUGUACAACCCAGAGCGAACCAUCACAGUGAAAGGCUGCAUUGAAGCAUGCUCUCGGGCUGAGGAGGAGGUGAUGAAGAAGGUCAGGGAGGCGUAUGAAAGUGACAUGGCUGCUAUGAAUCUCCAGUCUAACCUGAUCCCUGGCUUAAAUCUGAACGCGUUGGGAUUGUUUCCCAGUGGAACUCCAGGUAUGGGCCCUUCCAUGUCCAACUUCCCGCCUUCAGGAGCUCAUGGCGGAUGCUCGUCAUUUGGACAGGGACAGCCGGAGUCGGAGACGGUUCACCUGUUCAUUCCUGCGCUUGCUGUGGGAGCCAUCAUCGGUAAACAGGGUCAACACAUUAAACAGCUGUCUCACUUUGCAGGAGCCUCAAUCAAGAUCGCUCCUGCAGAGGGCAUGGAUGCCAAGCAGAGGAUGGUCAUCAUCGUUGGGCCACCAGAAGCUCAGUUUAAGGCACAGUGUCGCAUUUUUGGUAAACUGAAAGAAGAGAAUUUCUUUGGACCCAAAGAGGAGGUAAAGCUGGAGGCCCACAUCAAGGUUCCUUCUUUUGCUGCUGGGAGAGUCAUAGGAAAAGGUGGAAAGACGGUCAACGAGCUACAGAACUUGACGUGUGCAGAAGUGGUGGUGCCCCGGGACCAGACGCCCGACGAGAACGACCAGGUCAUAGUCAAGAUCAGCGGGCACUUCUUUGCAUGCCAGCUGGCUCAGAGGAAGAUUCAGGAAAUCCUGGCUCAGGUGAGGAGGCAGCAGCAGCAGCAGUUAAAACCCCAGCCUGGAGGCCAGCCUCCCAUGCCUCGCAGGAAAUGAAGAUCUGCUGGAUUCCGAGGAAUGGCGACUGGCUCCGUCAGAAGACGGACGGAUGCAGAAGAGUCUGAUGGGAGGAAGAUGACGAACGUCGGUCCUAACGCUUAUCUCAGGGGUCAGAGGCUAUUGGAUCCGAAUCGGACUUGCACCCCUCGCUGACUUGAACUGUUAAGUGUGGCAACUAAGACCUUUUUUUUUUUUUUUUUUUGGCCUUCGGAAGCUCCGCCCACUUAACCUCAGCAUCUCCUGUGAGAAUGUACUUCUGAGGGCUCCCCACUCGUCACCUGCCCUCACACGUACAAUUCUUCGACCGCCCUCCUCCCCCCUCACGGGUGCGUUCGUUUUUAUUUUGUUCUUUUUACACAAAAAAAAGUGCCCUCCCCCGCUCCCCUCUUACUCUCACCUCCUCGGUGUGGUACUUUAAACAAGACGAGAUGUUUCGGUUGACUUCAGAUGUGGUUGUCCUGGCGUUUAUCGGUGGUUAAGGCUUUCUCAUGAGUUUCCUGUGGAAGGGAAAAGGCAUUGCUUGGUCCUAGUCGACCAUCAGAGGUUUAUUUGUGGGUGGGGGAGGGUCGGCCAUGUUUAGGCGGAAGUACCCUGAAAGGGUGGGUUGUAAGAGGCGUUCUGCCUGUAAGAUAGUGGCAUUUUAAAGAAAAAAAAAGUUGGAUGCAUUUUAUAGAUAGACCUAUAUAAAUUGAAUAUAUGAAAAUAUAUAUAUAAAUCUAUUGAGAGGGCAGCACUACAGCUGACACUUAAAAGAGGGUCGCCCAAAUGUGAGGCGCCCAGAAAAAUCAAUUUAUUAUGCAUUUUACCGAACUACCUCAGGAUCUAGUACCUCAGAAGAGAAAACGAUUAUAUAUAUAUAUGAAAAAAAAGUUUUCUUUUUUUUUUUUGUUUUGUGGUAUUUUGUAUACUUUAUAAAGCUGAUGGUCUUUGAACAUUUUUUAUUUUUUUAAGAAAAUUUAAAACGGGGUCAGCUGCCAUCUGACCUUGCCUUCAACUCUGGUGCUUCAGGCGGCAUUGUACAUGUGUGUGUGACUCGAGGUGACUCUGUACAUAAAGUCUAUUUGUACAUUAGCGGCCCCCAGAGCAAGAGUUGGCGCCUCCUCAGCUGGCGGCUGACGACAAUAUAGAGGAAAAUCGCCUCCGUUUUUUUUCCCUUCUUCUUGAAGGAGAAACGAUAAUAAAAAAAAACAACAACCUAAGAUGUGCAAAUAAUGUCAACCGGACUUAUUUGCAGCAAUGCCAUUUAGUUUGGGAUUAUGCUACUUUAACAAUGUCUUUUCCGCCUUCCUGCGAGGCCUGCGGUCUUGUGUUGCAGCACAGAUUGCGAUGAGUCCUCACUGUAGCUGUGAGCAGAGCUUUUUUUUUUUUUUUUCCUUCGUUAUGCCCCACCUUCGUCUGUCUCCAGGUCACUCGCCACCCUCAUCACAUUAUUUUCAUGAAGUCGGCUUUCUUGUAGCAGGGUGGCCUCCUGUAGUCUGUCCAUAAAGUCCACAUGGUGUCAUCCACUGCAUGGUGUGGAAGGGGGAAGUCACAGUGAUGCAUAGUUAUAAUUGUUUUUUUUUUUGUGCAUACUGUCGCUCAAACAGGGAUAACAGACCAUAAAAGGCACAAAAUGAAGACUUUAGGGGGAGUGAGAAGAAAAUCAAACUAAAUAUAUAUUUUUUUGUUUUUAUGCCGAAUGUAAAUACGUUGAUUGUGGUAAAAGUGCUCGAGUCUAUCCAUGCUUCCACAGUAGAACGACGUCUACCUCAGCUUAGGGGGUGGAGGGGGUUGUCGCGCCGCCCCACCCCCUCUGAGCGCCAGCGCGCACCAAUACCUCAGCCCCUCCCCCACCACCCAACACUUUUUCCCACCUGGGCGCGCCUUGUUAACACCGCGCUUAACUGAGGGGGCACAAGUGAUACUUAACAUAAUCCCGCCCCUAUUACCCCUUCCUCCAGUUUGUUUUUGAUCUACCUCUUUAGACAUUUUGAAUUUGAGAGAGGCAUUCUUCUAUUGGUUAGCCCCCUCCCCCCACAAUAUGUUUGAUAAACUAAAAAAAAAAUCAUGAAUUGUUUAGUAUUGAGAGAAAAGUGAUCAAAAUAUCUUUCUUUUGCCAGUGUUUGUGUGGAAAAAAUAUAUACUCCUUUUUUUUUGGCUUCCUCAGCAAUGGUUCCUUCUUUCUGCUUUUUCGUGUGACUUCAGUCUAGAACUUUCGCUUCACAUUUUUGUGGUAAAAGGUCAUGAUUUUUUUUUUCUUUUUACCCCCGAUAGCAAACAUAAAAAAAUACAUUUGAUUUAAAUGGCCUGCCUUUUUGUGUUUCUUCUUCAGGAUGAACGUCUUGUUUUUCUCAGAUGCUAUUUUUUUGUUUCGUCUGUUAGCAUUUCUUGGCUGUGUAAAGUGGAACAUCCUUGGUUUUUGGGUCAGAUUUGAGGGACUGGAUCUCCUUUUUUGUUUUUUUUUUUUGUUUUUAAAGGAAAAGUGAUCAAACUUCAGCAUGAUAGUUCCCCCUCCAACCAUGCUUGUGCCCCCAUCCCCAUCACACACAGCUCCACUUGUCAAAUGCCUCUGAAUAAAAAGAGAAACAAAAA